AUGCUCCUAGCCGGCCUGCGCCUCGCGGGCGGCCCAGGUGGCACGCGCUUGGGUCUCCGCGCGGUGCCCCUACGCGCGAUCUCGAACAAUGCGCGGAUCGUGCGUCAAAACGUGCUGCGCAAGAUGAAGAAGGGUGUGGAGCGUCUGCCUUCGCAGGGGCCGGACCCUGCGGCGAGCUUCGGGAAGGGGUGGCGGCUAGCGUGCGCAGCGGUGGUGGAGAGGUACCCCGUGGUGACGCCGGAGUGCGACCCGUUCGAGUCCGAGUACUUGACGGGGCGGUUUCUCGAGAUGCAGAGGCGUGCACGACCAAUAUCGCCAGCAUUGUUCCUGACCGAGAAGGACCUGAUGGAGGGGAAGCGCGAGCCCGACUUGAGCGACCCGUAUGCAGAGAUGUAUCAGCCCGCGCCGCGCACGACGGAAGCGGAUAGGACAGGGGACAUGCGGUCGCUGGAGAGGGCGCUGGACGAAAGACUGUAUUUUUUGGUGAAGAGGGGGGAGAAGGGACGGUUUCAGUUCCCGCAGAUACUAGCGGCUGAUGAGAAGGUGCCGUUGUGGAGAUAUGCUGAGCUCGCGUGGAGAGGGGUCACAGGGGAAAAGAGGCCGGAGUUACACUUUAUCUCGCAUACGCCUGCGUGCCAUUUGGAACAUGUGUACCCGGUCGAGUACCAACAGAAGCAUGAUGUGUACGGGGUCAAAGUGUUUUUUUACAGGGCAAUGUUGAUGCAGGGCGAGGUGGAGGGGGUGAGGAACGCUGUGGACUUUGUAUGGGCGAGGGAUGGCGAGCUGGCAGAAUACUUGACGGCAGAGGUGAGGACGGCAGUAGACGGGAUAUUGUUGGGUGUUGGGCCUACGGUGCGAUCCAAGGAUUUGUUCGAUGUAGAGCACCCCUAAGUGCGUAAAAGCAGAUGUGGUAGCU